AUGCAAGUUGUGGUUAUUAAUUACAUUCUUAUAAAUUACGAUAACGAGCGAUUCGACGCCAAUAAAUCGACAAAGGGCGCCUCGAAGCUGCGCCGCGAUCUGAUCAAUGCUGAAAUCGCCAAUUUACGCGACUUAUUGCCGCUGCCUCAAUCGACGCGUCAACGGCUGUCACAACUACAACUGAUGGCGCUGGUGUGUGUGUAUGUGCGCAAGGCUAACUAUUUCCAGCAAGUUUUCAAACGGCAUGACAUUUCAAUACAUCAUGCGCCAACACCAAAUAUAGGCUUUUCCAAGGCUCUCUCAGGUUUUCUUAUGAUGCUCACACAAAAUGGUAAAUUGCUGUACAUUUCAGACAAUGCAGCCGAAUAUUUGGGGCAUUCAAUGGAAGAUCUCCUCAUUCACGGUGAUUCUGUUUACGAUAUCAUUGACAAACAGGAUCACGCAGCCAUACAAGCCGAACUGAAUCGCAAUGUGCCACCACAGCCAGGCCAUAGUCAGCAUGCAAGCGCCGCCUCAGCAGCAGCCGCAGCAGCAGCGGCGAUCUCAAGUCUGGAAGGGGAGCAUCGUAUGUUUCUGUGUCGCAUGAAUGUCAGUCGAAAUGCGCGACGACAAAUGCGUUUCGGCGAUCAGAAGGUUGUGCUAGUUCAGGGUCAUUAUCUGUCAUUUUUGCCGCUCUGCAGUCGCAACGAGCCGGUCUUUUUGGCCACAUGCACGCCCAUUGCCAUGCCCGAGACGCGCGAAUGUGUGGUGCAGGGCGCCACCAAUGUUUUUACCACCAUCCAUUCAAUGGAUAUGAAAAUCGCGCAUAUCGAUAAAAAUGGCGAAUUUCAUUUAGGUUACAACAAAAGUGAUAUACACGGCCUCUCGUGGUACAAUCUACUGCACUCGGAGAACUUACGUGAGGCGCAAAGUAAACAUAGGCUGAUAACUCAAUCGGAGCAGGAUCGCUCUUGUAUAUUGUUGGUUCGCAUGCAACGGCGACAAGGCGAUUUCAUUUGGGUGCAUGUGGUGUUGCAAGUGCGGGAUAGCCAAGACACAAACCAGCAGCCGGUUAUUGUAUGCACAAACCAGGUUUUAAACGAGCGCGAAGCUUCGGUUAUGCUUGCCAAUUCGUGGCUCUACCACUACUAUUCGGUGCAAUCGAAGAUACAAUUUGGACUCGCUUUCGAUGCGCCUACACGUGUGCCACCUACAACACCGGCUGCCGCCGCCGCGGCUGCGGUCUACUAUCAUCAUCACGCGCACCAUGCAGCGCAUCCGCAUUCACAUCAUCACACGGGAGCCGCCGCCGCCGCCACAACUGCCACACUUCCGGCUACCCCUUCAGCUGGUUAUGCGACCGCUUUGCAUCCGCAUCAAUCACAUCCACAUGUUCAUCAUCCACACCACCAACACCUGCAUCCACAUCAGCACACGCAUCCGCAUUCCCACCAACAUCCGCAUCAUCAGUACCAUCACAUGGCGUCGUAUGGGACAUAUCAUACGCCUGCUGGCGCGACAAGCGGUGGUAGCAUGAGUGUGGGAAGUGGCAGUGGCGGCAGCGCGGAAGGCUCUCCGGCGCCACAUUUGAGUGGUCAACAGACGCAACAACACUUGCAAAGCAAUGGUACAUUGGCGAUGACAAAUGCAACGAAUGCGGGUAUGAUCAAUGGUACAUCCGUCGGUCAGUACAUCUAUCACCAUCGACUCGGUCUGGAACCGGUUGAUUAUAGUCAAGUACCUAGCGGUGCCGCAGUUGUGAUUGGCCUGAAUGGCGCGCGCUCUCCAGCGAACGGUCAACCGGAUGGGCAAAUGCGUUGCAGUAGCGCCAACAGUUCUGUCUCCAGUCAUAAUGCCGCUACCCCACACUAUAUCACACACACCAACAACACCACUAGCGGCAGUCAUAACAGCAGUAACAAUGCUAACACUAAUCAUAAUAACUCCAAUAAUAAUCACAACAGCACCCACAAUUUGAACCACAAUAAUGGUUCCAACAUUAAUUCAAAUGGUAGUGCGAACUCAUCACAUCAUCAACGUCUCAAUUCACCGCCAACAAAGCGUCGUGCCAUCGGCAAGCUGGAACCACUUUAUCUUCCAGACGAAGCCACAGAUGAAACGCCUACAACAGUAACUGAAAUCGACACACCCUAUCACCUGCAUUCGCAUUCACAUUCGCUCAUCUCUGCACCGGCCGAGUCACAUGCCUCUGUAAUCUUCGCUACCGUUGUGCCUACACGCCCACGUUUUAUACAAAAAUCAUUACCUAAUGAUCCACCUGAUUUUAUCGAUCAAUGGAAUCCCAGCCCACCCUGGUCGGAAUCAGCACAGAAGCUUUCACUUGACAGUUCGUCAUCAACGCAACAGGAACUAAGUCCUUGCAUCACCACCACACCACCUACACCCACAAGUGCGCCCCCUAGCGGCCCACUUGGUACCAAUUGCAGUGGCUUACAAACCUUGGGUCCAGCCUUCUCUUUCGAAUGGAUGUCUGAUCCCUUGGUACCUGUCGCAGAUCCGUAUGUUGCAUGCAUUACGCCACCCGAUGGCGUACCUCUUGUAGUCACUCAUCAUCCUCACUCGGCAGUGCAACAUUCAUUGCAUUGGCCUACUAAUGCCACGCCAUCGGAACAUCAUCAACAUCUGAGUCAACAUCUAGCCUCGCAUGGUCAUCGUUUGCUGAGUCUUUCAAGUAGCAGUGCUGGUGACACAAUGCAACAGGCUAUUAGCGUAACGAGUGGAAGAGAUGCGGGGAACGCGAAAACGAAAUCACCGGAGGUUGCGGCACGAAAAGAAUCACCACGCAAGUAAAUCAGUCGAAGUAAGAUGAAUUCAAUACAGGUAUUGGGUUCGGCAGCUCACAAGCGAAUGAAAUUAAUCUAAUCCAGUUAUAAUAACAGCAUUAACUAAUAAAAGUAAAAUUAAGCAAAAUCAAGGCUUUAUUUAUUCAAAUCUCUCCUUUUUUGUAAUCCAUAAAAAUUAAUGGUAAAGCUGUCAUAAAUUUUAUGAGAAUAUAAAGAACAAAAAAUAUAAAACAACAACAAUUGGAAGCAACUUAAUCAAAAUCACAUUCAACGCCUAAAACCAAUGUAGGAAACACCCACAGAAUUAACGCCAAGCUUAUAAAAGUAUUAGUAAAUGAUGGCAAAACAUGUAACUGUUAAUUUUAAUAACCAUAUAAUACUAUUAGCAAAUACGAAUACUCGAACUAAGCAAAAUUUAAGGAGUAGCAAAAUAUGAAGCGUCGAAGCGUUAAAGCGUCAAAGUGUCAAGAACAGCGCAUUUACUGUUUUUUAAGAGUUGCUGGAAACGUAGACUUU